GGUAAUCACACGCCGCUCCGGUAGUUCAGAACGAUCAAACGCGUGCUCAUAAUACGAUCAUCAAAAACCUAAAAAAUUAUGUUUGAGCAGUGCGUAAUUUUUUGUGAAAUUUGAUCAAAAAACCGCAAGUCGGGUAAAUUGGUUCUGCUGUCGUGAGUGGCAAUCAUUAAAAGUUUCGUCUAUCAUUUUUCUUUUUGUCGCCUUUCGAUUGCUAGAAGUUCUUGUUUCAAUUGCUUUUCGUUACGAAAUUUAAUUUAGAUAAGAUCUUUAUUGCUUUCUAACAUUUCAGCUUCGAAAGGUCCGUUUAAACUAUAUAAAUAAAAUCAGUGUAGUGUAAUAAUGAAUUAGAUAAACUCGACUCAAAGUGUUCAAAUAUUUGUGGACCGGACCCUCCCUAAAUCAAUGUUUAUCUAAGUGUGUUCUAAUUAUAAACAUUGUUGAUUAGUAUGGUGAAUUUGAAUGUGAUGCUGCAUUGCAUAUGCGGUGAUAUCUGGUCAUGCUGAUUGGUCGAUCAGUGAUAGCAAAAUGGAGGUGAUAUGUGUGCUGAUGCUCGUUUGGAGUACACUGGCAUCAAAUGCUCUGCCACCUGUCAUUCGCAUUGGUGCAAUUUUCACGGAAGACCAGAAAGAUAGCAGCGUAGAAUUAGCAUUUAAAUAUGCGGUCUACAAAAUUAACAAAGAUAGGGUUUUGCUUUCAAACACCACUCUAGUAUACGAUAUCCAGUACGUGCCACGAGACGACAGUUUCCGAACAUCGAAAAAAGUAUGUCGUCAGAUGGAAUUCGGCGUCCAGGCUAUCUUCGGCCCUUCGGAUCCAAUAUUAGGAGCACAUAUUCAAAGUAUUUGCGAAGCACUAGACGUGCCCCAUCUUGAGGCACGAAUAGAUUUCGAGCCCUUGUCCAAAGACUUGUCAAUCAAUUUACAUCCGAGUCAAGAACACAUGAACAAGGCAUUCAAAGAUCUGAUGACCUUCCUCAACUGGACCAAAGUCGCCAUUAUAUACGAAGAAGACUACGUUCCACUUGUUGGGGGAAAAGGCCUUUUCAAGUUACAAGAAUUGGUCAAGGCGCCGGCUGCUGCAAAGACUGAAAUGUAUAUCCGCCAAGCUGGCCCCACUUCAUAUCGACAAGUGUUGAAAGAAGUGAGGCAAAAAGAAAUUUACAAGCUCAUCGUCGACACGAAUCCCAGAAACAUCCAAAAAUUUUUUAGAGCGAUUUUGCAACUCCAAAUGAACGACUAUCGGUACCACUACAUGUUCACAACUUUUGAUUUAGAAACAUUCGAUCUGGAAGAUUUCAAAUACAAUUCUGUAAAUAUUACGGCAUUCAGAAUUGUUGAUGUGGAUGAUCCCCAAGUAAAAGAAUCCCUUGAAGUUAUGGAGAAAUUCCAGCCGAUUGGUCAUGCAAUCCUUAAUAAAAGCGGAAUUAUUCAGGCGGAGCCUGCGCUUAUGUUUGACUCAGUGUAUGUUUUUGCUAAAGGGCUGGCUGCAAUGGGUUCUAUAAAGCCAAUGAACUUAUCUUGCGACGUCGAGAAGCCCUGGGAUGAUGGAUCGUCCCUGUACAAUUAUUUGGGCGACGUGGAUGAUCUUCGAGGUUUGACAGGGAACAUAGAAUUUAAUGGUGGCAAGAGGUCAAACUUCAAACUAGACUUACUCAAGCUGAAGAAAGAGGAGAUUCGGAAAGUGGGCCAGUGGACUCCGUCAGGGGGCGUUAACAUUACUGACCCCAACGCUUUCUACGAAAGUCACGCGCCGAACAUUACCCUUGUCGUCAUGACUAGGGAGGAGCGUCCGUACGUGAUGGUGAAAGAUGAAAAAAAUUUAACCGGAAACGCCAGAUACGAGGGCUUUUGCAUCGACCUAUUGAAAUGGAUCGCAGGUCAGGUCGGCUUCCAGUACACAAUUCGUCUGGUUCCCGAUCACAUGUAUGGAGUGUACGACCCCGAUACCAAAGAAUGGAACGGCAUAGUGCGCGAGCUUAUGGAAAAACGGGCGGAUCUUGCUGUGGCUUCCAUGACAAUAAAUUAUGCACGGGAGAGCGUAAUCGACUUUACUAAACCGUUUAUGAACCUCGGCAUAGGAAUUCUAUUCAAGGUACCCACCAGCCAACCUACGCGACUGUUCAGUUUUAUGAACCCCUUAGCGGUGGAAAUUUGGCUUUACGUUUUAGCAGCGUAUAUGUUGGUGUCAUUUACAUUGUUCGUAAUGGCGCGAUUUUCGCCGUACGAAUGGAACAACCCUCAUCCCUGUCAUCAAGAAUCCGACAUUGUCGAAAACCAAUUCUCCGUUUCCAAUAGUUUUUGGUUUAUAACGGGAACAUUUUUACGACAAGGAUCUGGUUUAAAUCCUAAGGCAACGUCUACGAGGAUCGUAGGCGGUAUCUGGUGGUUUUUUACUCUCAUAAUAAUCUCUUCUUACACCGCAAAUUUGGCUGCUUUCCUAACGGUGGAACGCAUGAUUACCCCCAUUGAGAGUGCCCAAGACCUGGCCGAUCAGACCGAUAUUGCUUAUGGAACUCUCGAAGGCGGCAGCACUAUGACGUUUUUUAGGGAUUCAAAGAUAGGCAUUUACCAAAAAAUGUGGCGGUUUAUGGAGAGCCGAAAGCCCUCGGUGUUCGUGAAAACGUACGAGGAAGGUGUGCAACGCGUGCUGGAGGGAAAUUACGCCUUCCUAAUGGAAUCGACGAUGCUGGACUACGCUGUUCAAAGAGAUUGCAAUUUAACGCAAAUUGGGGGCUUGCUGGACUCAAAAGGUUACGGGAUAGCAACGCCGAAAGGCAGUCCGUGGAGAGACAAAAUAUCGCUUGCAAUCCUCGAGCUUCAAGAGAAAGGAGUGAUCCAAAUACUUUAUGACAAGUGGUGGAAAAAUACUGGAGAUGUUUGUAAUCGAGAUGAUAAAAGUAAAGAAUCCAAAGCCAACGCUUUGGGGGUCGAAAAUAUUGGGGGCGUAUUUGUGGUGCUUCUCUGCGGCUUGGCCCUCGCCAUUUUAGUCGCGAUCCUCGAGUUCUGCUGGAACAGCAAGAAAAAUGCUCAGACCGAUCGACAGUCUCUGUGUUCGGAAAUGGCAGAAGAAUUGAGGUUUGCGGUGCGUUGUCACGGCUCGAGACAACGUCCUGCCCUACGAAGAUCUUGUACGAGGUGUAGUCCGGCCACGACUUAUGUGCCUGCGGCGUUAGAUUUACCGCACAUCAAUGGGCCAAUGAAUUUAAUGGAAAUCCAAUUUAUUCCCGAAUCGAGUCAACACGCGCAAAGGAAGGCGUGAUGCUGCCCAUGAUGGACUUAAAGAAGUCGCCCAUCAGUUACGACGUCGACACUUAGCGGCGACUUUACGCUGGGGGUACGUCAACUUUUGCGUGCACUUCCAGCGCCAUCAGAGAUUGCUGUGGGGGCCCGUCUAACUCCCGGCCGCAACGUGCGGCCACCCUUAAUUACCGGGCGACUCCGCAAUGUCCCGAUCUGGCAAAAAAAAGUGCCACAUUGGGACGCAAUUCUGGAUUUUGUCGUGAUACUUGUGACAUUGUACAAAGCGGUCUACAAAACGACGUCCCGGAUAAAAUACUGUGGAAGUUCGAUUGUGAUAUUGGUAGUCCGAACAACCCAGACGUAGUGACCAGGACACUGCCCGACGCCAUCGUAAGUAGGACCACCACUUUGUGAUAUAUAGGUAGAAUUUGUAAAUUAAAUCAAAUAAAUGGACUGAUGUUUGUACCAAUUUCAAAUACGAUUGUUAGAGAAUUUUUACUGAGUUAAGGACUUUUACAAAAAAAUAAAUUUUAGAGACUGUCAAACAUUAAUACGAAUACUUACAAAAGUAUGUAAGCAAAAAAAUAAAAAAAGUGUCAGCUUAUCAAAGGUUUUCAAAAAAUACGAACACAAAAAUUCUUUAUGAAAAAAUAUAUUUUUCAGUAAAAUCAUCAAAUCCGACUCCUUGAGAUUAAAUGUUAAGCCACUAAACACAACAUUUUUCCUUUUAAUUCCCUGGAUGUUUCACCGAUUUUCUCCCUCUGCCAUAUUUUUAAAAUCGAACCUUUCGUCGAUCCAAAUUGCCUCAGUUCUUUCCAACUCUAGUCACGUCUAACCAAAUUUGCGGUGUUCCAACAAAGUAAAUGGUCUAUAAAGAUUUUUUAGUAAAGCUUUAAUUUUUACGCGUCAUCUAUUCAUAAAACUUUGGCAAUGUGACACACUGUUUAGAACAAGCAAUGAACUGAACCAUAAGCUUUACUGAAAAUUGAAUAAAUAUUUUAUUUAACUGAUUUAUUUUAUUCCCUCGGCGGCUCCGCCUUGUCCAACCGAAAUUGAAUGAAUGAAAUAAGAAAAAAUAAAUCGGUUUGGAAAAUUAAAACUUGCGAGUUUUCGGUUGUUAUUCAAACAAGCGUUUACGUCUCGCAAUAAAAUAUCAACUUUUAGGGUUUAAAAGCACCGGAAUUCAUACUUUAACUAUAAUAUUUUUACGAUGCUUUAAAGUUGUGUGUUUGGAGUUGUUUUACUGCAGAGUUCAAGUAACACAUCGUGAGAAUUUUUACCAUUAAUUUUAUAUGCAUGCAAGAGAAAUAUACGUAAAAUUAAAAGCAUAUCUUUUAGGAAAAUAUGGCAGUCUCUGAAAUUUAUUUUUAUUUCAUUUCCAAAAUUGGUAAUAAAUUCAACACAGUUCAUUAAUUUUAAAUAAUUUCCGUCCAUUAUA